AUGCCAGCUCUCAGUCUGGUCGCUCUGGUCAGCUUGGUGUCCGCUGUUUUCGCCAAGCAGUUGGACGCACAUCCGCCCCAACAACAACACAGACACUGGGCACAAAUCUGCAGCGGGAAUCCCAGCAACAAAAUCCGGGGCUGUGACAGAUAUGGCUGUGGCCAUUUUGGUGCCGACAGGCACAGUGGUAAAGGAAAGCAUGUGGGCGUGGAUGUCAUCUGUGCUGAUGGAGCAAUGGUGUACGCUCCUUUUAGCGGCCAGCUCUCCGGACCCAUUCGAUUCUUUCAUAAUGGAAAUGCCAUCGAUGAUGGAGUCCAAAUCAGGGGAUCAGGUUACUGUGUAAAGCUCGUCUGUAUUCACCCCAUCCGGUACCACGGCCAAAUCCAGAGAGGGCAACACCUCGGGAGAAUGCUGCCAAUGCAAAAAGUAUUUCCUGGCAUUAUCUCUCACAUCCACGUUGAGAACUGCGACCACUCCGAUCCUACUCAUUUACUUACACCUAAUGCACCUGUUGUUCCACCAUUCCCACAACAAGACAGUCACUGGGCAACGGUGUGCUCCGGCAAUCCUACAAAUGAGAUAAGAGGCUGUGAUAAGUAUGGCUGCGGAUACUACGGCGCUCCAAGACGCAACGGUAAAGGAAAGCAUCUGGGUGUGGAUGUCAUCUGUGCUGAUGGAGCAACUGUGUAUGCUCCCUUUUCUGGUGAGCUCUCUGGACCCAUUAAAAUUUUCCACAACGGAAAUGCCAUUGAUGAUGGAGUCCAAAUCAGAGGAUCAGGCUUCUGUGUAAAACUCGUCUGCAUCCAUCCCAUCAGAUACAACGGCAGAAUUUCUAAGGGACAAGUCCUUGGGAGAAUGUUGCCAAUGCAAAGAGUAUUUCCCGGGAUCAUCUCUCAUAUUCAUGUUGAGAACUGCGAUCGCUCAGAUCCUACUAGCAAUCUCGAAAGGGGGAAAGGGCAAAGAGUGUGAAACGGAAAUGUAGUAAAUUCCGAAUAAAUUCAUCUCAGCAU